CGCAGUUGCAGACUGUUCUAACCAGAGACUGGUUCUAACGUUAACGCGUGUUUGGUGAAAAUGUCAGCUACAGGGAACUUUCAGUCAGUGACACAUGUGAUAUUCGACAUGGAUGGGUUAUUAUUAGAUACGGAGAGGCUCUACACAGUUUCGUUUCAGGAAAUAUGUGACCGAUUUGGAAAGAAAUACACAUGGGAUGUCAAGUCAUCUGUAAUGGGCAAAAAAGCACUCGACGCUUCACGUAUCAUUCGAGAUUCACUCGAAAUUCCCAUGACCCCCGAGGAACUUCUUUCCGAAAGUAGAAAAAUACAAGAAAGGAUAUUUCCAUCAGCCAAACUAAUGCCAGGUGUGGAAAAACUCAUCCUUCACCUGCACAGCCACAACAUCCCCAUGGCGGUGGCUACUAGCUCUGCGGGACUGACAUUUGAGAUGAAGACCAGCCAGCAUAAAGACUUCUUCAGCCUUUUCAGCCACAUAGUGCUUGGAGACGACCCGGAGGUGAAGAAUGGCAAACCGCAGCCAGACUCCUUCCUGGUCUGUGCCAGCAGAUUCAACCCCCCAGCUCCUCCAGAGAAGGAGUUUUCCUUUGAACAUCUUCAAUGGAUGGGAUUUUCUUUGUGUGGCAUCUGAAGGUGGCUUCCUGGCUGUAACUGCAUCACAGAGAUGGCAGUAACAUUGGAGCCAUUAUGAAUGAUUCAAGUUACUGUGGCACAAUUCACGGAUGUUGCGUCUCACAAUUCCUAGACUCUUUAGACCCAGCCCAUAUCAAGGUCAUCUCUUCCAAGUGACAACAGUAGUUCCAUGAUAGUGUGAGGUUUUGAUUUCUGAAUGUAAUGACACGCUUUCAGGCUUCUCGCAAGUUGUUUGUACUGGUACAGUAGUCUUAAUUGCCCUCAUAUACAUCAGUCUGCCCAUUUAAGAGGGCUAUUUAACGAAUGGUCUGGGGACCACUUGCGGCCCACCUCUUGGAUCGUUGAUUAUUGAGAAGGAAAAAAAUACUUUUUUCACAUCCAUGAAAUAUUGUAUCCAGGUCUGCAUUUUCGGGGUUGGACAAUUUGAUGGUCUGGAUGCCCAGGACUACUAUUUUUCUGUCCCAGCCUACUAAACUGUGAGGCACCGAAGGCCAUAAGACUGCCAGUAAAUUCUUUAUAAAAAGAAAAUAUAUAUAGUUGGGUGAGAUUAGUAGUCAUUUCUCUUGGGUGACUUUUAGUUGGUUCUCCCUUGAUUAUGUUUUUGCUUAGCCUACAAAAGCGUACUUACUCUAGUGAUUAAAAAAUAAAAAUUAAACAGCUUAGCUGGCUGCCUUGCCCCAUAUGUUAAUUUAAGUUGAUGGCAAUUUGCAAUUUGAAUGCCAACUGACUUCAUAUUUACUCUGGGAGAUGCCCUAGUUGUGCAUUGUGAUCAGUAGAGUGGCAAGAGCAGUAAAAAGGUCAAGUUAAUUAAGAUAGCUUUUAAACUACAAUAUUCUCAAAAUGUUUGUAAAGCAGAAAGUAAGUUGUACCAUACCAAGUGAUACCGUUUUCUUGAGAACACGAAUAGCCAUAUAGUUCAUUUUUUUAGUUAUCACAAUUAUGAUUUUUUUUAUUAAACUGCUCUAUUUUAAAUACAACACAAUGCUCAGUAGAUAAUACAGCUAUGCACGUGUAUAUUCCAGGAUGCCAGUAUAUACCUGGACUAUCAGAGAUUUGACUGGGUUACCAGAUUGCUUGGGAGACCCCUGAUCUAUACAGACAACAUAGGCCUACUGCCCACCUGUGACAGAAUAAUAAUUAUGCUAUGCAUGUAUGUAUUAACAUCUACUUUAACAUAAAGACAUUUUAUUCUUGCACUGAUUUAUAAGUAUAUGCACAAUGUGUUGGCCCAUCAGCUCCAUAUAUAUCUGGCCCUCGGAAGAAGUAGUUGAAGAAUGCUGCUGUGUAGUUUAUUGCUAUUGAGGUGUUCUUCUCAUUGAUUUUUGCCUACAGGUGUAAAGAUGAAUAAUUUUGUUAAUCCUGUUUUUAUUAUUUAUUAAUAUGCUACCACAUUGCCCUUGAACACAAAUCCAAAUACUUAAAAUGACAUUGGAGAAAACCUAAUCAUCCAUAAUUCAGAAUCAAUAGUGCACAGUGGCCGCUUUUCCAGGUCUCUGUAUAAGUUUCAGUUAUUUUAUGGGGCGAUCAAUGUGGGUAGUCAAUGUGCAUUUUAAGAAAAUAUUAACAAAAAAAAAGCUGGAAAUAUCACUUCUAAACUCUAGAGUGCUGGUCUGAAGUCAACUCAGUGAAGAGUUGUUUCAGAGAUGAUGUUUCUGGAACAGGCUCCAGAACAGGCUGUCAAAAGAGCUCCAGGUUGCCUUUCCCUUACUGCAGACUGCUUUGCUGGUGCUAAAGUUGGUUAUAAAUGCUCAGUGAACCAAAUUCUGAAAUAGAGUGUUCAGUAAUUGAAAGGGUUGCCUCUUCCAAAUGCUUAACCAUAUAGUUAAAACACAAGCUGUCCUUCAAGAUCCAUGUAAUAAUGUCAUGAGGAAGCUUAAAUUAAAACAGGAUUUUUACAUACUGUAAUAAGACUUAAGUCUUCUUUUUUAAUGUUGAGCUACUUCUCUGUCUUUGAUUAGGGUGACAUGUAGAUGCACGUGGCCUCUUCUGUUUUAAGGGGUCUUGACACAGUUUUCACGCUUCUUUGCAUUUUAUUAUCAGCACAAACUUUCUUACCCACCAACAUGGUCUUUAUCAAAUGAGAGGCUGGACCUCAUUGACCAUGUGUAGGAAACAGUAUUAUAUUUGUAUAUAUAUUAUAUUUGUUUCAUAUUGAAAUCAAUACUGGGUUAGCUGCUUUGCUAGCUCUAUUGUAGUCUUGUUUUCAGUAAUUGCAGUCACUGGCUAUGCUCCUCUAAGUGAGUACUUUUUACUGUUCUAAGGUAUUCAGAGUUUUUGGAAAAACUUUUAAAAAUUUUUUUACUAUGCACCUUGGACACAGAACAAAUGCCUGUAAUGUAAUGUAAUGCAACUUAUAGCAAAAAAUUUGAAACUGGAGCCACUAGGUAAUUUUAUACUCUUGUUCACAGUACUAUGCUUGACGAGCGCAGUUGUUUCUGUUUGUAGGAAGCCAUGUUCUGUUGUAUAAUUGUUCUUGUAUCAGUGUUCUCUGUUGUGUGUCAUCUUGGUCA